AUGGAUCGUCAUCUCCGGCCACAUGACGACCACUCGCCACCGUUGACUCGGUCUCACGAUUUGGAGGCAGCCGGACCCGCCGGUGAUGAUGUAGGUUUGUCAGCAUCUUCCUGUGACGACGAUCUCAACGGUUUAAUUACUACCACAGCGACAACCACGACGUUGGACCACAAGGGGAGAGGAAAAUGGGAAACAGUUGUUCUUGCUUACAAGACAUUAGGAGUUGUCUUUGGUGGGCUUGUUACUUCUCCACUUUAUGUUUAUCCUUCCAUGCAAUUGAAAUCUCCCACUGAAGAGAACUACUUGGGAAUCUUCAGCAUUAUGUUCUGGACUCUUACUCUUAUUGGAGUUGUCAAGUAUGCCAGUAUAGCUGUUAGAGCUGAUGAUCAGGGUGAAGGUGGAACAUUUGCCCUCUAUUCGUUACUCUGCAGGAAUAUUAACAUUGACAUUCUCUCUUCGAAACGUCACCGUGCGAUUUCAAGCUCUCCUCAAAGGAUAAGUAGACUCGGUAAAUUUUUUGAAGAGAGCUUGGUUGCCAGAAGGGUGCUGCUUUUUAUUGCCAUUUUGGGAAUGUGCAUGCUAAUAGGCGAUGGCGUGCUUACUCCUGCAAUUUCUGUGUUGUCAGCUAUGGAGGGCAUAAAAGCACCUUUUCCUUCCUUCAAAAAUUCUAUGGUGGAACUUGUCUCUGCCAUUAUUCUCAUAGCUUUGUUCCUCCUUCAGAAGUUUGGUACCUCAAAAGUGAGCUUCCUUUUCUCUCCGAUAAUGGGAGCAUGGACCCUCACUACUCCUAUGGUAGGAGUAUACAGAAUCAUUAAGCACUACCCUGGUAUAUAUAAGGCUAUUUCACCACAUUAUAUAUUCACCUUCUUCUGGAGAAACGGAAAGGAAGGAUGGCUAUUGCUCAGUGGCACUAUUCUUUGCAUCACAGGUUCUGAGGCAAUGUUUGCUGAUCUUGGUCAUUUUGAUGGGACUUCAAUUCAGAUAGCUUUCUUUUGCACCAUAUAUCCAUCCCUGAUUCUGACAUAUGCUGGACAGACUGCUUACCUAAUAAAAAAUCCAAAUGACCAUGCUGAUGGAUUUUACAAGUUUAUACCAUCUGCAGUCUAUUGGCCUAUGUUCCUGAUCGCUACCCUGGCAGCUAUUGUAGCUAGUCAGUCCCUGAUAUCUGCGACCUUUUCCAUUAUCAAGCAAGCUGUUGGACUGGAUUACUUUCCACGGGUCAAGAUUGUUCACACAUCUACCAGGCAAGAGGGAGAAGUGUAUGCUCCAGAGGUCAACUAUAUUCUUAUGGUUAUCUGCGUUGCCGUGAUACUUGUCUUUGGAGAUGGAGCAGAUAUUGGGAAUGCCUUUGGAGUUGUUGUUACGAUGGUGAUGCUUAUUACAACCAUUCUUCUAACUUUAGUCAUGAUCAUUGUCUGGAGAACACCAAUCCUUCUUGUUACACUUUACUUUGUUGUAUUUUUCUUGAUGGAGGGUGUUUAUGUGAGCUCUGUCUUCACCAAAAUUCCUGAAGGUGGUUGGAUACCAUUUGCCAUUUCUAUCAUGCUUGCUUUCAUCAUGUUUGGCUGGUUUUACGGAAGACAGAGAAAGAUGCAGUAUGAGUUGACACACAAGAUUGACCUGGACAGACUUAGAACUCUGUUGUCUGAUCCUGGAAUCCAGAGGGUUCCCGGCAUGUGCUUUUUCUAUAGCAACAUUCAAGAUGGGCUGACCCCAGUACUUGGGCACUACAUGAAGAAUAUGAGAUCUCUUCAUCGAGUCACAAUAUUCACUACUCUCAGAUACUUAUUGGUACCAAAAGUCGCACAGCAUGAGAAGAUUAUUGUGAAGAAAUUAGGCCUGAGGGGAGUCUAUGGCUGUGUCAUUCAGUAUGGUUAUGCAGAUACCCUCAACCUCAACGGGGAUGACUUUGUUCAGCAAGUAACUGAAGCCUUACAGAUCCAUAUAAGCAACUCAUCUGGUUAUGCAGAAGAUGAUAUAGCCGAAAUACAAGAGGCAAAAGUUGCCGGUGUAGUUCACGUACGGGGGAAGACUAAGUUUCAUAUUGGUAAAGAUUGUGGCUGGUUCGACAGAUCUAUGCUUGCAUUCUAUGAAGUUCUGCACAGCAACUGCCGGUCUUCCCUUCCGGCUUUGGGCAUCCCGCUGAAGCAAAGAAUCGAGGUUGGAAUGCUUUAUGAAGCCUAA